AUGUCGCCAUCAACACCUCCACCUCACUUGCCAGAAGAGGGCAAAGGUAAUGUCAACGACAACGUCAACGGCAAGCAUAAUGUCAACGGGAAUAUCAACUACAGCGGCAACCUUGAAGCGAUGGGAGAAAAAACACAUCAGGGCGACCCUGAAAAGGAACAUCAGACCAUCGAGCCUAACGAAUCAUCCACUGAGGUAAUCUUGACUGCCAAUGGCAGAGAGAAAUCAGAGUCCCCGGACAGCGAUGGCGCUGCUUCUGAAGAAAACGCCGGGGCUCCACCGCCAGAGCCUAAGUACCUGAAGGGUAUCGAAGCCUUCGUCGUCAUACUUGCGCUUAUGCUCAGUAUUGGCCUCAUGUCUCUGGAUCAGGUGAAUUUCACCUCUAAUUGCUCGCAAGAGCCGUCGUCUCUUUGCCAGACCUUUGCAUCACGGGCGGAUACGCUAAUGAUCUCCAUUCAGACCAUCGUUGCAACCGCUAUUCCGAAGAUUACCGACCAGUUUGACAAAAUCAACGACAUCGCGUGGUAUAGUUCGGUUUAUUUCCUGACGAUCGGAGCAUUUCAGUCACAGUGGGGCAAAGUGUAUAAAUAUUUCCCCCUCAAGACUAGUUUCCUGGUGUCAAUAUUCAUCUUUGAAGUUGGGAGUUUGAUCGCCGGUGUCGCCCAAAACUCAACGACUGUGAUCGUUGGACGUGCUAUCACCGGUCUCGGUGCCUCAGGUAUCGCACCUGGAGUAUACACGAUUGCUGCCUUUGCUGCUGAGCCGAAGGAGAGAGCUACUUGGGUAGGUAUCAUUGGUGCGGUAUAUGGUGUCGCCGCUGUCCUUGGACCACUCAUUGGUGGAGGGUUUGCAGAUGGCGUGUCUUGGAGAUGGUGCUUCUACAUCAAUCUUCCGAUCGGUGGUGUGGCCGCUGGUGUCAUUCUGCUCACCUUCAAGACCCCUGCAACCGCCAAGCGGGUCGAUGCUACACUGAAAGAAAAGCUUCUACACAUGGAUUUUCCAGGGACGGUGUUAAUAAUGGGUGCAUCCAUCGCCUUUCUUCUAGCUCUUCAGUACGGAGGUCAAACUCAUGCAUGGAAAUCUAGCGUUGUUAUUGGUUUGCUCGUCGGCUUCGUUCUCAUGCUCAUUGCACUUGUGAUAGUAGAAGUCUGGCAAGGCGAACUCGCGAUGCUGACACCACGCGUUAUGCGCCAACGACAUGUCUGGGUCAAUGGCGUAUGGGGCUUCUUCUUCGCUGGCUCGUAUUUCGUCACCCUCUAUUAUCUGCCUAUCUAUUUCCAAAGUAUCGACAACAGCAGUCCGAUUGGCUCCGGUGUGCGCAACAUUCCUCUUAUUAUCCUCUUUAGCGUUACCACCCUUGUCACAGGCAGAAUCAUCACGAAGACAGGUGUCGCAGCUCCGUAUCUGACAGCUGGGUCUGUGGUCGUAACCAUCGCCGCAGGCCUACUAUAUACCCUUGGUAUUGGGACUUCAGAAGGCAAAUGGGUUGGUUAUCAGAUCUUGGCGGGCUUCGGAUACGGCCUCGCCCUCCAAGUCCCGAUCGUCAUCGCGCAGGCUUAUGCUGAGCCAAGCGACAUAGCUUCUACGACUGCUAUCCAAAUCUGGUAUCGAUCUAUUGGCAGCACAUUUUUGCUCGCAGCCGCGCAAUCUGGUUUCGCCAAUCAGCUCGCGCACAAGCUUUCCAAGACCGCACCGAACAUCGAUCUCACCCUCGUCACGACUACCGGUGCGAGUGAGCUGCGCCAGGCAUUUUCCGGAACCGAGCUGGACGAAGUUCUGCGUGCGUACGCAUGGGGCAUCAAAGUUGCAUUCGCAAUCACUAUCGCAAGCGCCGGUAUCACUGUCUUUGUAAGCUUGGGUAAUAAGCGGCACAAUAUUAAUGCAUUGAAACCAAAGAAGGCUACUGGUACUUGA